CUCAGAGACGCCCACAUGAUGAGUGAACAAACAUCAGAGUCACAAGUCGUCGUAUCGUCGCCCAGUCAUGUUUUCAUUGGCCGUCCUCUCGCUCCGUCUUCGGGUUUCAGGUUUCCAUCAAAUCAGACGCUCCACGGCAACCGUUGUCUCCGGCAACAAAACAUCCAGGUUGGUGAGGGAGCGUCUGAAGCAGCAGGUGGAGGAGAUGAAGAGUCUGUUCUCAGGGUUCAGACCUGGUCUCGUGGUCCUACAGGUUGGAGACAGAGACGACUCCAACCUCUACAUCAGCACCAAACUGAGAGCUGCAGCCGAGAUUGGAAUCGAAGCCAAACACCUGAAACUGCCGAACACAACAACACAGGAAGAGGUCCUGAAGAACAUCCUGUCCAUCAAUGAGAACUCGUCCGUUCACGGUCUGAUCGUCCAGCUUCCUCUGGACUCUGUGAACUCCAUCGACACCGAACUCAUCACCAACGCUGUCUCUCCAGAGAAGGACGUGGACGGUCUGAGCUGCAUCAAUGCGGGGAAGUUGUCUCGAGCGACCUCACGCACUGCUUCAUCCCCUGCACCCCCAACGGCUGCAUGGAGCUCAUCAGACAGACGGGUCAGUCCAUUUAACAAACACACCUUAUGGACUCAAACACAUCUCAGGGACCAAUCAGAGCCUGACUCCUGUGACUUCCUGUUCCUGUGCAGGCGUGUCAGUGGCGGGGAAACACGGUGGUGA